GAUCGGAAUCUACUAAACGGCGUUCUAAAGAGUUCCCUCAAACUUAGACUUCCUGUGAAUUUAAACCGAUUCGGACUGAUAGAUUUUGAGAAAUUUUAAAAAAUCUCAAAAAAAAAUGAGAAAAAAAUUUUUUUUGAAAAUUCUGGGAAAAGGUAGUUUUGGUAAAGUAUUACUUGCAGAGUUAAAUGACACAGAUUUUGUCUAUGCUGUCAAAUGUCUAAAGAAAAAUGUUGUCUCAGAAGAUGAUGACAUUGAGAGUAUAUUAAUAGAGCGAAAAGUACUCACUCUAGCCACGAGACAUCCUUACCUCUGUCAUUUAUUUUGUACAUUUCAAACUGAAUCACAUCUUUUUUUCGUAAUGGAGUACCUGAAUGGAGGUGAUCUUAUGUUUCACAUACAAAUGUCAGGAAGAUUUCCAGAGUUUCGUGCCAAGUUUUAUGCCGCAGAAAUUUGGUGUGGACUUAAUUUUCUUCAUAAAAAAGGCAUUGUUUACAGAGAUCUGAAGCUAGAUAAUGUUUUGCUAGAUUUUGAAGGACACAUCAGAAUAGCCGAUUUCGGAAUGUGCAAACUUCAAAUAUAUCUAGACAAAACUGCUGAUAACUUUUGUGGUACACCAGAUUACAUGGCUCCUGAGAUAAUCAAUGGUUCCAAAUAUAAUCAGUCUGUCGAUUGGUGGUCAUAUGGAGUUUUACUGUAUGAAAUGUUGACGGCACAAUCACCAUUUUCGGGAUGUGAUGAAGACGAACUGUUUUGGAGCAUUUGUAAUGAGCGUCCAUCUAUUCCCAAGUAUCUAAGCCAAGAUUCAAUCGACAUUCUACUGUGUUUAUUGGAAAAAGAUGCUGGAAAGCGGCUACCCGGACAUGAGGUGCAAAAUCACCCUUUUUUCUCAAGCAUCCAAUGGAUCCGAUUAGAAAAGAGACAACUUCAACCUCCGUUUAGACCUACACUGGAUCACACGCUUGACACGAAAUAUUUUGAUGAGGCUUUUACUACCGAGAAACUUCGAUUAACACAAGCUAUUGAUCAAGAUUUCACAAUGAUAAAUCAAGGAUACUUUAGAGGAUUUUCUUACACCAAUCCCAACGCAACGAAUUAGAUGCUUUGAAAAGUCUCGGAUUAUCAAAAAUAAGAUUGCUUAAUUUUUAACAGUUAAAAUACAUUUAAAA